AUGCCUUCACCAACCUCUACCCUCCUCACUGCCCUUAGCCUAGCAUCCAUUCUCCAAAGCACUACUGCACUAACCACCACCUACGGUGGCAGUUCCAACAACGGCAUAAAAUGUCCUGGCGUCCUACAAGUCAGCGGCAGCGAUAGCGACGGUACCUGCUGCGUCGGCGGAAAGCUUGACCUCAGCACAUGCGAAGGAUGGCCCAUCUGCACUGGUAGCACCCGGGAACCCAAGUCUGUCAGCUGUGCUACCCGCGUACCCGUUACAGCAAAAGACUAUAGCUCUAUAAUCGAGAGUGCGAGCUCGAAAUAUCUGCAGGGCUCCGAAGCAUCGGCUACCGACGAUUCUAUGCCGUCGGCAACCGGCACUGGCGAGAGCAGCAAACAGGCGGCUUCGGCUACAGCUACAAAUUCCGAUGCCAGUCCUUCUGAGACUGGCAACUCGUCAGUUAUGAAGAUGCCAAACUUGGUGGGCGGAGUAGUGGGAAGUAUCUUAGCCUUGUGGGUGGUGAUGUGA